AUGGUUUCCGAUCAACUCAUCACCAGCCAUGGUGCAUUGAAACGUGUGUGGAUUGCAUCCUGCUGGGAACGCAAGAUUUCAAAGUCGCAAUUCCUUCAAACCAACCUUCAAAAGACCAUCGACGCUAUCACUACCAAUGAUCAAGAACCUUUGACGCUACGCAUGUCGGGUCAAUUGCUUCUCGGUGUUGUCCGUAUCCACUCUCGCAAAACACGAUAUUUGUUGGAAGACUGUAACGGUGCCUUGGAAAAGAUUAAGCAGGCAUUCAAAAAGGGUGAUGUCAACAUGCCAGAUAUCCGCCAUGCACAAGUCAAAAUGAAGAGCAUCACGUUACCCGAUCGACUUACAGAAUUUGACGUCCUCUUGCCCGAUGACCCAUUAUUAGAUCUUGACACCGAAGGCAGAGAUCCUAUUCUCGACAGCUUAUCACAAAUGGCAUCAUCACAAGACAUUACAUUGAGCGACAUUUCAUUUGGAUGGGAUAUGCAUAACCCCACAGCAGAGCAACAAGAUGUCGAGACUGGACGCUUGGCGGGCGGUGAUAUUGAUCUUCAUGAUGGUGUUGAACAAGGUCGUCGUGAUAAUGAGGCAAUGCUUGACCAAGGCAUGGAUACGAGUAUUGGCGACAUUGAGAACCCACUUGCCAAGGGACAUUACGAUGAUGGCAACAUGUUGGACUUUGAUGACUUUGAUUUCGGCAAUGACGACUUUGGUGAUAUUGCUCCACCCGAGGAUGAUAACGCUGCUGCUGGUGCUGCUGGUGCCGAGGAAACUUUUCCAGCACUCUCUCAAACAUCCGAAAUGGAUAGCUCAUUGAUCCAAUCUGGAUUGAUUCGCGAUGAUGAUGACAUGUCCAUGUUUGAUGCACCAGAAAUCAAUGAAUCUAUGGAGACACAACAACCACGUCGUCGUCGUCGUCGAUUGGUAGUCGAUCGUGUGACCGAAAUCCCUCAUGAACAAUUACGGAAAUACGCUACGGAUGCUUCAACCAUUGUGGAUCGUAGUGCCAAUGAUCGACAACAUGUUGCACCAAAAGCCUCACUUAAUUGGAAAAAGCCAAUGAUUUGCACAGCUGGUACAACACUCGACUCUUUGUAUUCUCGUUUAAGUCAUCCCAAGCCGGUUAUUCCCGCCAUUACUUCACCCGUCGAGGAUGAUUUGGAUUUCGAUAUCCCUGCACCUGCUCCAGAAGUACCACACAAUGAUGAACAAGACUAUAAUGAUGUUGGCGGUAUGGACUUUGACUUUGAUGAUUUUGGUGAUGCCGGUUUCGAUGAUCAGCAAGUCAAUGAUAUUGGAACAGAAGAAAACAAUGGGGCUUUGGGAGCUGCUGAUACCAGCAUCAUGACACAAAGUAGCCAAAUGGGACAAAAAGCCAAUGAGACACUGGAAUUGGUGCAAGAUAGGGCACAACAAAAGCAAGAAAAUGUUAUUGGAUUUGGGGAUUUGGGUUCAAGUACAAGAGCAGAAGCAGCAAGACGUUUCUAUGACAUUCUGCUACUCACUACCAAAGACAUGCUCAAGGUACAACAAAACAGCCCGUUCGGUGAAAUCCAGAUUCGAGUAUAA